AUGGCUUCCAGGGGUGGUGGAUCCAUAGGCCGAGGUGCAGGCAGGGCUCAGGGCAGCGCACCGGGAUCUCCACCACGACCUAUGCAGGGGCGAGUAGGGGAUGGACCGGGAGGAGCCGGCGCGAUCUUCGUUGGGGGGUUGCUUACCGUACCAGCGCCGAGCUCUUGUCGCUCUUUCUGUUAUGACGGCCCUCGGCCCCCUCCUUCGGGGCAGACGCCGACGCAGCCGGAGAGCGGCAGUGAGGAGGAGGAUGAGGAGGAGGAUGGUGAGGGCGAGAAGGAGGAGGACACUGAGGGGAGCGAGGAUGACAGCGAGGCGGCGUGGGACCCAGAGACGCAUGGCGGUGGGGAGGGGGGAGAUGAUGAUGAUGAAGACCACGAGAUGGAUGGGUUGGAGCCAGAGGGGCCAGAGGAGGAGGUGGGAGAGGGUGGUGGAAGGGCGGCGACAGAGGCGGGAUCACAGCAUGUGCGUGAAGGGGGAGGGAGCGUGGGGGUUAAGCUCGCCAAGGGGAAAGCGAUGGCGACUGGUGGAGGUGAUGGGUCAGGAGGGAUCGAGCGGUGGAUGACAACCAAGCUGACCUCGGUGCAGCUACGGCAGGCGAUCACGAAGCUGGUGGUCACCUGCGACCUCCCCUUCCGCAUCGUCGAGGCCGAGGCUUUUCGUGAGCUACUCAUCCUGUUAAACCGCAACUGCGCGCAGAAAAACUUCAUCCCCACGCGCUGGACGGUUUCCCGCGACACAGUGGUCUAUGCGGCUGCCGCUCUUCAGUCAGCCAUCGCGGAGAUGCUGGCGAAGGAGGGGGAGCUGGGGUGCAGGGUGUCGUUCACCAUCGACAUGUGGACGUCGCCCAACAACAGGGCGUGGCUAGUGGUAACGGGUCACUGGAUCGACGAGAAUUACCAGCUGCGCACAAUGGUGUUUGAAUUCCGCGAGAUUCACGGGCGUCACACGGGCAAGCAGAUGGCGAGGGUGGUUGAGGAGACGGUGGUGCAGUGGGAGUUGGAGAUACGUUGUCUUGGGUUCACCUCAGACAACGCCUCCAGCAACACUGCCGCUUUCAGGCACAAGGGCGGCAAGGGCAAGGGGGGCAGGGGGGGCGGAGGUGGCGGAGGGGGCGGCAGUGGUGGAGGGGGUGGAGGGGGCGGGGGUGGUGGCGGUGGUGGGAGUGGUGCUGGUGGUGGGGGGGUCAGUGGCGGAGCAGGGGGUGGUGGCGGCGGCGGUGGUGGGGGUGGUGGGGGUGGUGGUGGCAGUGGUGGCGGCAGUGGAGCUGGUGGCGGGCGCGGUGGAGCGGUGCAGCUCAUCAUGAGCAUGAAUGCAGUCAUCAUGAGCAUGUAUGCAGUCAUCAUGAGCAUGUAUGCGGUCAUCAUGAGCAUGUAUGCAGUCAUCAUGAGCAUGUAUGCAGUCACCAUGAGUACGCCAACCAGUGACAGGGUGACUGCCAUUGCCCCUGUCGCCCUACCUGCAGCCAACCAGUUCCCGCCCUACCUACCCUACACCCACCGCAACUUCUUCUUCCACGGGACCAUCAUCCCGCCCGAGGCCAACCACACCUACUUUGGCAACGCCUUUGAGCAUUGUCUGCUCAACGCAUCCCGGGCGCCUGGAGACUACUUGGAGCAGAGGAGUGCAGAGGAGUGUGGUGCGUUCUGUGGGGUUUCUGCUGGGGAUUGCCAACCCCUGUGCAGCGGGCAUGGCAUGUGCUCCUUCAGUGAGUCUGUGCAGGAAUCAGUAUACACCUACGAUAGCAACUUCGACAACCAGGCCGGACUGCCCUCGUGCUCUUACAGUGGUGUGUAUACACAAACAACAGCAGUCUCCCUGGCAGGUGCAGCAGCGCAACCAUUCAAUGGCACCAUCAUCCUCACGCCCCCCACCAGCAACACGUCAGGAGCAGCACAGUGCAGCGCCCAUCUGCCUCUUCCUUUUCAUCGACAACCCUGGCCCGUGUAG